AUGAAUGAAAGUAAUGUUGUUCACAUUAAAGCACCAGUUACAGUAGUAGGUGAUAUUCAUGGGCAGUAUUAUGAUUUGAUUGAAAUAUUUCGUAUUGGAGGCUAUUGUCCUGACACCAAUUACCUCUUUCUUGGUGAUUAUGUUGACAGAGGAUUAUAUAGUAUUGAAACUAUAUCUCUUUUAACUUGUUUAAAAUUAAGAUACCCAGAACGUGUACAACUUGUAAGAGGAAAUCAUGAAUCAAGAACAGUAACUCAAACGUAUGGAUUUUAUUCUGAAUGUUUAAGGAAAUAUGGAACAAUUCAAGUUUGGCAAUACUUUACAGACAUGUUUGAUUAUUUAACAUUAUCAGUUGUAAUUGAUAAUAGUAUAUUUUGUGUUCAUGGAGGAUUAUCUCCUUCAAUUCAUGUAUUAGAUCAAAUAAAGAUUAUUGAUAGAUUUAAAGAAAUCCCUCAUGAAGGUGCAAUGGCAGAUUUAGUUUGGUCUGAUCCCGAUCCAGAUAAAGAGGAAUUUGCUAUAUCAGCUAGAGGGGCUGGUUAUACAUUUGGUAGUUCAGUCGUAGAUAGAUUUUUACAUUUAAAUAAUAUGGACCACAUUUUAAGAGCUCAUCAAUUAUGUAAUGCAGGCUAUCAAGUACUAUUUAACGAUAAACUAUCCACUGUAUGGUCUGCACCAAAUUAUUGUUAUCGUUGUGGUAACUUGGCCUCUAUCUUAGAGGUGAAUGUUAAUGGUGAAAGAUUCUUUAAUGUCUUUGAUGCCGCACCUGAAAAUGAAAGAAUAAUAGAUAAUAAUGAUACUUCUUCAAUGACGCCAUCAAUGAAGAAUCCUAAACAUGGCAAACGAGCAGUGUUUCUAAAUACUUCUUUAUUAAGAAUAGCUAAACAAUCUAUAGAAAUCAUAUUAAACAAUAAAGAUUCGAAACAAAUCUUUUAUUUCUUCUUAUUAAAUCUAUCAUACAUGUUUGUACAAUUAGCCUAUGGGAUCUGGACUAAUUCAUUAGGUCUAAUUUCAGAUGCAAUACAUAUGUUUUUUGAUUGUCUUGCACUAGGUAUUGGCUUACUUGCAACCGUUAUGAGUAAAUGGCCUUCUAAUUCAGAAUAUUCAUAUGGUUAUAGUCGAAUUGAAACUGUAGCAGCUUACUUUAAUGGCGUUUUUUUGGUAUUAAUUUCACUAUCCAUCGUAACAGAAGCCAUCCACAGAUUAAUCGAUCCUCCUCAUAUAAAUACCCAUCGAUUAUUAUUUAUUAGCUUUAUUGGAUUAGUUGUUAAUUUGGUUGGUAUCUUUGCUUUUAAUCAUGGACACACUCAUGCUGGACAUGAUCAUCAUCAUCAUGAAGAUGAACAUGAUAAUAAUGGGCAUAGUGCAAAUAUGAAAGGGGUGUUUUUGCAUAUUAUGGCAGAUACAUUAGGAUCAAUAGGAGUGAUUAUAUCAACAUUAUUAAUUAAAUGGUAUGGUUGGACUGGAUUUGAUCCUAUUGCUUCUAUAUUUAUUUCUAUCUUGAUUACACUGUCUGUGAUACCCUUAAUUAAACAAUCCUCAGCUAUUUUGAUGUUAGAAUUAGAUGAUCAAACAGUAGCCAUUAUAGAAGGUGCAAUAGAGGAACUGAAGCACCUUGAGGGUGUCAUUAGUGUGAGUCAUCCUAGGUUUUGGCCUUAUGAAGCUGAAAGUAUGAUGGGUUCUAUUCAUGUUCAAAUCAAAGAUGAAGAAGAUACUCAAGUGAUACAUCAAAAGGCAACAGAUUUACUUAAAAGCCGUAUUCAUAGAUUAAGAGAAGUAUGUGUACAGAUUGAGCUACAAAGUACAAUGAAAAAGAAACAGAAUUUGUCAUUUUUUGGUACUAGCGUGGGGGGUGUGCAGAGAAAUUCUUUCUAUCGACCUCUAAAUUAUUCAGAUUAUCUGCCAUGUCAGAUACCACCAGUGCACUAUUCUCAUCGUCUAGUAAUCAAACAAAUACCGCAGCGAAUCUUUCUACUUCCUCACGGCCAAUAA